UGUCCAGAGGAAUCAUAACACCACAUCAGAAGUCGCUCUAUUCUUCCUCUUCUCGUUCCAUUCCCGCUGUUUAACGUCACUUUUCCAAUGGCAGCGGGUUUAAUCUUUCUCUGAAAAGCGGCUUUUGUAUAAAUCUUCAACAUUGUUCGAGCAGUGACAUGAAAACAGGAGGCUGUUCGCCGGAGGAGCUAACCGGAAGCAGCCAGGAGCUAGCGAGCGGCUGUUCGGCGGAGGAAUGAUAAGAAGACGGGCCUGAAGCAGCUGGAAACAUGUGUCCUGUGUAACUAACCGACAGCAUGUGACACGGACACUCUGCUCAACCCACAAAACCAGUUGGUGUCGAUCAAAAUGCCUCGACUGGACGAGCUGGCCAACGUUGUCCUCCGGGUGCCGAGCAUCCUGCUGCUGGACCUGCUGUACAGAUGUGACAUCGAAGGUUUGACGGAGCACCUCAGGGCCAAAAAUGAAGACAUGCUCUUCAAGUACAAAUAUGUCAUCUGGAACCUGUACUACCUGGGUCAUGUGAUUAACGUGGUGGUGUUGGUUCUGCCAUUGAGACACAUUGUGACUCUCUACCUCCACAUCCUGGCUGUGCUGCUCCUCUACAUGGGGCAUCAGAUUUCCAAGGACUAUGUACGUGAAGAGCUACACUAUGGUUUUGAAGGAGCAGUGUACCUCGAUUCUCUGGUCUUCAACAGAUUUGUCUCUGCAAUGACCAGUCAGAUUAUUCUUGGCACGCUGUGUGCCUUCCUGAUGAAGACCAGGAAGGUGUGGCUGUUCUCAGCCCACAUGCUGCCCCUGGUGGCCAGACUCUGCGCUGUGCCUCACGCUACGCUGCUCACGGUCAACACGUUCGCGAUGGGACUGACGGGAUCGGGGAUCGCCAUGUUCCUCCUCUCCAACCUGUUCGUGCCAUACCGCCUUGCAAGGGCUGUCUAUUCAGAGCUGCUACAGGUGGAGGUGAUUGAACUGUACAGGCUCCUGGCUGUGGGAAUCUCUCUGUGGAACCAGUUUGCCGUCCCAGUCCUCUUCAGCGUCUUCUGGUUUGUUCUGUUCAUCGUUCAGCUCUGCAACGACGCCAUGUCAGGCAACGCGGCCUCGGCAGCCAAUCAGGGGAUCAUGUUCUUCCUGCUCACGAGUGUGUCUGAAUGUUGUGCCACGCCGUACUCUCUCGUGGGCCUGACCUUCGUGGUGUCCUAUCUGGCUCUCGGGCUGCUCAACCUUUGCAAGUUGUACCUGGGAGGUUACAUCGCAGUUCAGAAUGAGAACGUCAUGCACAGGGGUGUGACGGAGGGCGUCACUCUGCUCCUGCUCGCCCUGCAGACAGGUCUGUUGGACAUGCAGGCCCUGCAGCGCACCUUCCUCCUCAGCAUCAUCCUCUUCAUCGUGGUGACUUCAACCCUACAGUCAAUGAUCGAAAUUACAGAUCCGGUCAUUCUGGCUCUGGCUGCGUCCCGCAACAGGAGUCUGUGGAAACACUUCCGCGGCCUCAGCAUGUGUCUGAUGCUGCUGGUGUUCCCAGUGUUGAUGGCGUUUAAAAUCGCCCAGUUCUUCCACAUGGACUUCUGGCUCCUGAUCCUCGUGUCCAGCUGCAUUCUGACUUCCCUUCAGGUUACAGGCACCCUGCUGAUCUACUCCCUCUUCAUGGUGGAGCUGUUUCGCAGCGACCCGAUUGAGAGCCUGGACGAGGUGAUCUACUGGGUGAACGCCGUCAGCCGGGUGCUGGAGUUCGUGGUGGCGCUCUGCGUGGUGGCCUACGGCACCUGGGAGUCUCUGUUCGGGGAGUGGAGCUGGAUGGGCGCCUCUGUCAUCAUCAUCCACUCGUACUUCAACGUUUGGCUCAGAGGUCAGUCCGGCUGGAGGAGCUUCCUGCUCAGACAGGAAGCGGCCAAGAAGAUCAACUCCCUCCCCAGGGCGACGGCUCAGCAGCUGCAGCAACACAACGACGUCUGCUCCAUCUGCUUCCAGGAAAUGAGCUCCGGUGUGAUCACAUACUGUCGACACUUCUUUCACGGCAACUGCCUCCGCAAGUGGCUGUACGUGCAGGAGACCUGUCCCAUGUGCCACCAGUCGGUCAGGCCCACCCCCCCAGGCCAUGGCGAGGCUUCGGGUGAGGCGGCGGCCGAGAGAGACGUGGGUCCAGAUCCGGCUGCACGACACGAGUUUAACAACCCAGACAUCAACGUGCCGCAAGAGACUCACAGUGACGACGCAACUCCUGAUUCCGCCGAGCAGCAGGAGCAGAGGGAAAGGUCAGAGGGUGGAGCUUGUGACACACAAGAUAAAGAUCAACCAGUGGAACUUCAAAGAGAGGCCGCUCAAGGUCUUCGGUUCAGCUCCAAUGGAGACUUUGUGGGAUUUGUCAACCCAUCGUGCAGCUGGUCUCCAGUGGAGCCUUGUAGUUCCCACGUGCACCAAGAGGAAACCUCUCCUCCCGACAUGCCCGGCCCAGGUGAGGAGAACGUGACGGACUCACCACUGCCUUCGUCUCCUGAUGACAUGACUACCAUGGAGGAGCAAUGUGAGACUAAUGAAUCAGGACAUGGAGACAGUGCUAGCUUUUGUCUUAGAGGGACACAAGAUGGCAGUGGUAGUCAUGACGGCUGCGACGGGACACAUCCAUUAUGUAAAGACCUUGAUUUACCAGAAUUAAACAAUGCUGAUAAAGAAUCGAGAGGCCGUCCCACGUAAUACGAGCCUUGUUCUUUUGUGAAACCUCCCGUGAUGACUCAGAACUCUGCAUUGAUGAUCCUCACCGUCGUCAAGGAUAACGGUACACAAUCAGAUCCUGAGAGGCUGAACCCUGUCCCACACGACCCCCGGCUGUCCUCCACCGGACGCCACCGUCUCUUUGCACAAGCACAGAUCUCAGUGACUGACCGCCCUGCAUCAGUGCCUUGAAGGGUCUCAGAGUGGGACAUGGUGACCCUCCAUCACGGGGAAUAAAACCCAUUUGCCUUCUCUCUGUGAACCAAUAGAAAGUGAAUCUGUAUCUUGUACCAGACAGUGUAGUGAAUGUGCUUCAGUUUAGUCCAUAACGUGCAUCUGGAUUUAAUUAGGGAGACGAGAUUUGGUGAAAUGAAUACCCUUGUUGUACAAUUGUUAAAAAAAAUAUAUAUAUAAAUAAUUAAUGGAAACCAUGUUUAACUAUAAAGCAAUUACCUUGCAACAAUAUUUGAGCAGGUUAGAAGGAAAAACUUCAAUUGAAUUUUAUUUAUUUGUAUUUAAUUUUCUAAUGUAAAGCAUUUCUUGUGCAGGCAAUGUGGCAAAAAGGAAAAAGCUGCAGCAGUUCAGCAGCAGCAUCAGCCUGUUGUACUGCAGCAGCCUCUGUCUCCCAGUAUUAAAUCACAGCUGUGAACAUGUACCUUUCUUUUUUUUUUUUCUGUAGGCUCUGUGUUAAUAAAAUCCCCACUGGCUCACAGUGAGGCUGACAUGAACAUUCUGUCUGUAGCUUCCAGGGCUGGUCUGUGGAUGAGGAGAUGAUACGGUGUUUGACAACACGGUGUAAUUUCCUAAUCAUCUUUAAUUUAGUGACAUACUCACAAAAUGCUAUUAAUGCUCAUUCUCAUUGUUAUUGAAGGACGUAUUUUAAAAACAAGUCCUGGCAAAGCAACUUGUUAAAAACUUGUAUUUUUGUUGAUAACUCCAACUUGUAUUCUAAACCAAACACACACAUUUAAAUGUUUUCUUUCAAAACUCACAUUUUUGUAGAAGA